UGGACGAGUCUAGGUGAGCGACGUCGUCCUCCUCUCUAGGUCAUCACCGUCGUCACAGCUUCACACCAGCGUCGUCCCAGUCCAGGAUACGUCACACACUGUAGAGCGUCUCGUGGUAUGGGCGGCUUGAGCAGCAGAGACAGCACAGCAGGGACGCUAUAGUGUUGUGCUAGUGUGUGCGUGAUGUGGGAAUGUGUGUGUCAGAAUGGGCGGCCAAGGUGGGGGGUGCCACGCUAGAGCGGGACCCUGGGGCCCUGGCCCUGGAGCUCCGGCCUUCGGCUCCACAACAACACCUCCAACAACAACAACAACAACAACAACAACAUCGCCACCACCGACGACACGCCCACGCGUCGCUCUCUCUCUAUCGCAGACUCUUCAACUUCGUCAAGCAGGCAUGGACGGGAGUCAAGUUCGCUCUAGACUCGGAGCUCGAGGACCUAGAGACUCCUCCGCGCUACAGACCAGACAGUCUAGCCGCCCUCAGUCGUGCCACAAGGUUCACAGAGCCCGAGCUCAAGAAGAUCUACAGAGGCUUCAAGGCAGAAUGUCCCACUGGCGUCGUCAAAGAAGACGCAUUCAAAGGCAUCUAUUCACAAUUCUUUCCAAAGGGAGCUAACACCAGCCAAUACGCUCAUUAUGUGUUCAACACGCUGGACCAGGACCGCAGUGGCCUCCUUAGCUUUGAGGACUUUGUCCAUGGACUGUCAAUAUUGUCGCGGGGUUCGCUGGACGAGAAGCUACGAUGGACAUUCUCUCUGUACGACAUCAACGGCGACGGACGGAUCACCAGAGAGGAGAUGACUGACAUCGUCACUGCAGUGUACGAGCUCAUGGGAAAGUUUGCCGAACCCACUGUAGACGACACCAUCGUGCAAGCAAAGGUCGACAGAAUAUUUCAGAAGAUGGACCGCAACCAUGACGGUGUGGUGACCCUGGAGGAGUUCCUGGAGAGUUGUACCACAGACGAGGACGUUUCUAGGUCAAUGUCCGUCUUUGACUCGACCUUCUGACAGUCACCUGUAAGGGCUAGGCCCUUCCAAUACUGGACUUGACAGCUUUAAUGCGUGUUGUUGUUACCGAUCGAGCUAUAUACACCAAUAAAUAUUUUAUAUAUUUCUAAUACACGUUAUUAGUAAAUUAUAGUUUUUAUAAGAAUAAUAAGUAUUUAAUUGAUUAUUACUGUGAUGUUAAGUGUAACGACCUAAACUAGUCUCGGUGUUUAUUGAAACACAUUGGGGUUUCCUCGUUUAAAAGACCGGUAUCAUUAGCGUAAGUAGCCCAGAGUUCGGUGUAAUUGGUAACGUAUAUAUGUUGUACAUGAAUGAAAUAGCUUUAUUGAACUGUUACCACAAAUAGAAUAUUGGGACUGAGACUCAAUAUACAGUUGAAAAGAAAGUAAUUAUGUUAUAAUGAUUAAAUUUUAUUUAUGAAAUGUUUUAAAGUGGUUAAAUGUGUUUGACAAUCGGUUUUUGAUACUUUACUUACCUGUAAAAUUUCUGUUGUUAUGCUUUCAACACUAUGUUACAUAAGAAAAUAGUGCUUCAAUGUUUUUAAGUCCUACUAAAAAUAUGCAUUUUGUAAGAUAACGAGCCUAGAAUGUAGCCUACGACUCCGUGUGAUGUUUGAUGUUUUAUGUCCCAGACUCUUACUAAGCAUAGCUAAACGUGGAUGUCCAUGUGUACCCGUUCCCUCAAGACUGACCUCAACAUUGUUUUGUAAAUAAAUGUACUCUUAACAAAGUUAUCUUCCGAAGUUGCAUCACGUUCUAUUCUAGGUAACGUUAGUAAAAUUUUCUUUCGAUAUUGUACGCCAUUUAAAUGCAGACUAAACAUUGAUAAACAUAGAUUUUGAUUUUUAUAGUUAGGAUAUCAAACAAUCGUCUAAAAUGUUUAUUUUCUAUUUUAAAAUGUAUAUUUCUCAAAAGUUAAAAUGUUUACCUUCAAUUCUACUAGCCGUUGCAAACAUCCUUUGUUGGUUAUUUUUUGUUACAAUACAGUUGCUUAUCAAUACACUACAAUUAAUUAUUAUCUCUAUUUAUUUGAAAAACUGUCUUUUCUUUUUAGUACAACAUGUUACUAUCUCGUAAAAAGCUGUUUAUUACUCACAAAACAGAUCCAAUGAUAAAGUGAAUCAACUAUGUAUUUGAAAACAGGAAUAGUGUAAAUUUGCUAAAUUUGCUAGAUCUAACCUAGCAUAGGCCUAUGUUGGUGAAACAUCUAUACUAUUUAGCCUAUUUCCGAUUUUGAAUGUUGAUCUACUACCAUCCUCCUGUUUAGAAUUUACGCUUAGAUGCGUGCUGAGUCCUGCCUUUAACAUGCGUGUGGUAACGUAGUUUUAAUAUACUGGCGUCACAAUCCAGACCACCUAAUUGUAAAAUAUCUUGGUAUAAAGACUUAAAUCAUUGCAAUUUUGGGAAAAUAGUUCUAGAAUCCAUUGUAAAAAAUUCAAAUUUAAAUAUUUUAAAAUACACUAAAGUUGACAUCACUACAGACACAUUUUGAAUCUUGAUCUCAUCUUAUUUCACUGAACCCUUAAUUAUAUUUGGCAUACUAAACACAUUAAUUCUGCGUGAAAGAGAAAGAUAAAUUGUGGGUAAAGUUAAUUGAAAUAGCUCUAAACAUUAAUAAUAUUGUUUGGCCAACAAAUAAUUAUUGGUUCGUUUAACAAUAAUAAUUAUUCUUGAUAUUAUUACGUUGAUUUAUACCAUUUGCAUUAUCUAAGAAAUUGAUGAUAUUAUGUAAAUGAUUGCUAAAGACGUGUUGCAAUUGUUAUAUUUCGAUUAACUCCUUUCUCCAAAAUAAAAUAUUUAAGCCUGCCUUCGUAGAAAGAUUGUCUUUGCCGGUUACAAAAGUGUAUGUUUUCGUCAUACUGCAGCAAAAAAACAGUUUUUAAGCAUGCAUUGAAGUUCUAAAGUAGCUCUUUCAAUCCCUUGGGAGUAAAACGCCGUUUUAGACCCAGGGAGGAAAACGCAGCUGGAGGAAAAUUUGAUUGCGAGAAAUCGCACGAAUUGAAAUCAUUUAUUGAUUGAUUUAAUUGGCUGCAGCUUAUUGUUGAAAUAUUGUCAAUAAGUAUAAUGUGCGGUGAGACAAUCGUAAUAGAUGGAAUGAUCGCGCUGCUUAUUUCCAUUGACAAAAUUGAAAACAAGUUUGGAGCUGUUUUGAGAGGUUAUCUUUACGAGAAAAUUAUUUUUGGUUUUCCAUAAUGUUGCAAUAUGACGAAAAAUAUAGUUCAUCACACGGGCCAAAAGGGUUUAUUCAACCCUUGCUCAUACGUGAAACUUGAGCUCGGGUCAAAAAGAGUCACUUUACGUCCUAGUGUUUAAAUUUACUAUUAGUAGUACUGUAAACUAUGUCAUUCUAAUAUCAACUGAAUCUCAAAUGAUAAGUGUAACUACUAUAGAAAUCUGAAGCACAAUCUACAAAACUUGUUUUAUAUAGGUUGUAUAGUUUUUUACGUAACCAUACAACGCUCACUGGUGUGAGUAUUAUUGUUUGUGUCCAAAAGAAUGUUCAGAAUAAGACAGGUAGGCUAUACACCUUUAAUGUAUUUUACAAAGCAAGUAAUACAAUAACCUGAACUGGGGCCAAGAAAAUGACCAUUUUGUAUACUUAGCUGUAACAGAGAUUUGACUGAAAAUUUGUCAGAUCAACACCAUUGUACUAGUUCAAUCCAAUGCUAAGAGUAUGUGGCCAAUAAAUGAAUUACUGACCCAAAUCGCAACUGGUCUGUCAGCAUUAUUACAUUGAGUUCCCAUCUAUCACCGGUACUGUUGUUUCCGGUACCUACAGUAUUAUUAUAUUAUACUAACAUCGAAAAAUAGUAUAUUGUAAAACUAAUUUGGAUUCAAAAUGGCAGUACUGUACUGUCUUCAAGAAGACCGUCAAUGCAAUCAACCAAUGCAAAUCAUUUUGUAGUAACUGAAAUAACGCUGAACAACAAAAUGGACAUUUAUUAAUUGUUGAAACGUUGUUAAACACUAAAUGUAGUCUGGAAUCCUAAGUUGCAAUGAGCUAAAUAUGUUUUACUAUGAAAUAUCUAGUGAUAAACAAGUUGAAUGAUACAGUGUAAUGAUGGGAAAUUGUUAAGUAUAGAUCUGUUUGUUGGUAUGAUAUGUAAAGUAGCGUGGAGUAGCAGGCCCAGUUCACGGCCCCUAGUAUGCAAUGAGACGAUGUCACACACGACUGUCGGGUAUCGCUACACAAUUGGUCGGUAUGAUUGCAUUUAUUUGUAUUUCAAAAUAGUUCAGAUCGAAUCUGAAUUGAGCUAUAGCUGUGGCUGUAACAAACAAACCGAUAUUUCUAUUGUAUUAUUACAGCCAAUAAUUAUACAUUUGUGUUUAUCGAUGGCAAUGGUUGCAAAUUUUAUCGAAGCGGAUUUUAUUGCCUUACCAUUAUAUAGGUACGUUUACAUUUGAACAUAGGACUAAUUAGUAAGUUCGUUUAAUAUGUACAAUGCCCAAUCUUAGGUUUCGUGAAUUAUGAUUAAUGUGUCAAAAAACUCAAAUUUCAACUUGCAUUAUCAUAAAUAAUACAUUACAAUUUACAAAAUAACUUAGUAUCUUAGCUGACAGUGAGUCGUUAAUUGAUGCAAAGACAAGCGACGAGGCUACAUAUCAUUGGAGGCCGCUAAAUAAGUACCAACAAAGUAAUUGCUGACUUGUACAAUGUUAUUAAAACUAUAAACAUAUAUUUAAUGUUGCAUAGCUGUUGAAUUAUUGUAUAUGUCAAAUAAAUGUAUUUACGGUA